UUCCUGCUUAGUACAGUAUAUGGGAAUGAUUGCAUGAGUGUGUGUGUGUGUGAGUCACAAAGCGGAUUUCAGUAUAGGAAGAAGGUUUGAGAGAAACUACACUGGUCCCAAUAGCGACUUCAUGAAUAUAGAUAUUUUAACCUGCCAAAAAAAUGAUAAGCCGAAAUACCAAAAAUGUGCUUGUGGUGUCUUUUGGAUUUUUGUCCUUGUUUACGGCGUAUGGAGGACUGCAGAGUCUGCAGAGCAGUCUGAACGCCGAGGAAGGAAUGGGCGUUAUCUCGCUCAGUGUCAUCUACGGAACCAUCAUUCUGUCCUCCAUGUUCCUGCCCCCCAUCAUGAUCAAGAACCUGGGCUGUAAAUGGACCAUCUUCAUCUGCAUGGCCUGCUAUAUCAGCUAUUCCUUUGGAAAUCUCUUCCCUGGAUGGCCGAGUCUGAUCGCCACGUCUGCUAUUCUGGGGCUGGGAGGCUCUCCGCUUUGGUCUGCUAAAUGCACGUACCUCACCAUCAGUGGGAACGCACAGGCGGAGAAAGAAAACAAGAAAGGUCAGGAUGUCAUAAACCAAUACUUCGGGAUGUUCUUCCUCAUCUUCCAGUCGUCUGCCGUGUGGGGAAACCUCAUGUCUUCACUUAUAUUCCAACAAGACGCUAACAUAGCUGAAAUUCCUGAGGAUAGGCUGCAGUUCUGUGGUGCUGCUCUGUGCAACGAGAACUUCACCACCACGGGGAACUUCACACGGCCGGAGCAGAACCUCGUCAACAUACUGAUGGGCUGUUAUAUCGGUGUCGGGGUUCUGGCGAUGAUCCUUGUAGCAGUUUUCCUGGACAACAUUGACGGAGAAGAAGCAAGGAAGUUUCGAAAAAACAUAGGCAACCAAAAUUUCUGCAGUACCUUCCUGGCCACGUUCAGGCUUCUAAGAGACAAGAGGUUGUUGAUGCUCAUUCCUCUGACUAUGUACAGCGGAUUCGAGCAAAGCUUCCUCGCCGGUGAAUACACCAAGAAUUACGUAACCUGCGCAUUGGGAAUCCAUUACGUUGGAUUCGUGAUGAUCUGCUUCGGCGCUGUGAAUUCACUGAGCUCCUACGUAUUCGGGAAGCUCGCGCAGUACACCGGGAGAAUCACCCUGUUUUGCCUUGCCGCUGUGAUAAACCUGAGUUGUGUGAUAGCUCUGCUGUACUGGAGACCACACCCGGACCAGCUGCCCGUCUUCUUCGUGUUUCCUGCACUCUGGGGCGUGGGAGAUGCUGUGUGGCAAACACAAACUAACGCGCUAUAUGGCACUCUGUUCCCUGACCACAAGGAGGCAGCGUUCGCUAAUUAUCGCAUGUGGGAGUCUUUGGGCUUCGUGAUCGCCUUCGCCUACAGCACAUACAUCUGUCUAUCCACCAAACUCUACAUCCUCAUCGCUGUGCUUUUGCUGAACAUGCUGACGUACUUCUGGGUGGAGUAUAACGAGUACAAGCAUCCUACUGCAGCUCUGAAAGAGGACAUGGAGAAACUGGACGAGACGCACCUGAAAGACACGGGCACAGAGAAACACCUGAAGAUUAUUAGUCAGACAAGAUUAUAGGGGAGGAUGUGUGGAUUUAUUAUUUUUUUGGUGGUGGUGGGGUUGAGGUGGGGGUCUAAGGCAUGAUAUAUAUAUAUAUAUAUAUAUUUCAAAUUAUUUGCUUUCAGGUAAAAGUCUAAACAAAAAACAAAUCAGGAACUCGAAUGAAAACACAUCAUCUAAAAUUUCCAAUCUAAAACCUGUGCUAUUCUAUUUGCAGGUCUAAUUAUCUCACAUAAGGCAUUAUUUAUUACCUCCCGUAAUUUUCUAGUCAUUGGCUAAUCGGUAGCCAUCAGUGUCCAUUACUUUUUUGCUACUUAAGGGGUGUAUUAGCCAAAUUUGGACGGCAUUUCUACAGUGUUUUGUAACAUUUGGAACAUAUUUGUGUCCUGGGUUGUGUAUUUGUAUAGAUGUUUAUAAGGCGCCAAUACAUUUACACUUUGUGCUCAUGAUUAAACGAGUUCUCACAGAUUGGUGAGAAUUAGCACACUGAAUCUGUUCUGGUCACUUCAUAGAGUGUAACGAUGUUGAAUGUUGAAAUGUUUUUGUUGGAAAUGUACUUGUGUAAAAUGGGACGUAUUUUGAGGAUAGAUGUUGGGACUGCGCUCUGGAGGAUAAGGUGUAGAUAAGGUGGUGAUGCAUGCAAUAAGAGUGCUUUUCAACUAGAGCGAUGCCUUGUAGCUCAGAAAUAAAAACUUUUCUGCUUCAUUAGGAUAAUG